AUCGAUCAAGACAAAAUCGAAAUAUCGAUACAUCGCUGUUACACGCUUUGCAUGUUUAUAGUCAAAUGUUGUUAUUUGUUGUCUAACGCUUGAAGAGAAAAACACGUGGAAAAUACAUUUUACUUGAUACACAAUCAGUGUAUAGUUAGUUUCUUUUACAAUACAAUGAAAGACGAGAAUUUUGGAUCUUAUGAAACUUUUAUUGAGAAUCACAGAAAUCAGUUAGAUCAAAAUGUUCCUCGACUAUAUUGGUUUACUCUGUUUAAAAAAUUAAGUAACGAGACUUUUGAUGCUGGAGAGUAUUUUUCUUUAUUUCAAGUUGAUGAAGAUGUAAAUGAGACAGCUGAAGAUGUAAAUGAGACAGCUGAAGAUGUAAAUGAGACAGCUGAAGAUGUAAACGAGACAGCUGAAGAUGAAAAGAUUAUACAAGAAAAAAAUGAACAUAAUGAUGAAAAUAAUGAGUUGAUUGAAUAUAAUAAUACAGACAAGCCAGUCCAAGACAAUAUUAUUUGGAAAGUUCUUGUAUCAUCAGAAGAUGGUAUUCAAAAAGAUAAUCCGGAGAGUAUAUUUCUUGUGGAUCAUGCAUGGACUUAUGAAGCAAAUUAUGCAGAAGCUCAGUUGCAAAACUACCCAACACUUUUGGAAAGAAUGGCUAGUUUAAUGGAUAUUCCUAGAAAUGAAUUUGAUACUGAUGGUCAAGAACUUAUUAAAGCUGUUAUCAAUAAAAUGUGGAAAUAUAACAUGACAUAUACAAUGAAAAAGACCAAGACUGAAAUAACCAUGGACGAUGACAAAGAUUAUGUUCCACUUUGGUUUGUAAUGGAUGAAUUCGGUUCACGUGUUAGACAUUCUGAUGAUCCAAGUUUUGCAUUUCGUUUUUUUUAUUUUCAAAACACAGCAACAUCCUAUAUGGUUAUCUUUCCUAUUAAAGAUCUUUUAUGUGGAGACGAAGUGACCAGAGACUUUGCACCUGAUGCAAAAACCCCUGAAUACAGAGAUGCACGAUUGUAUCCAUGGUUUAAAGAUAGACUUAACAUUGACAAUGUUAAAGAUCAAUGGAUUGAAAAGUUGCUUAGCAACUCCUUAGAACAAAGUUGUCGAUGUGAUGAAAAAUUAUCUAAUUACAAUGGGGAAGAAAUAAAAGAUUCAACACCAAGAAGUGUUUAUAAGGUCUGGACAAAUGAUAAAUUUAGUAUUGAGCAUUUGACUGAUCCACGUUUUGAGUUUGUAGAUGAUAUGAAAAAUGCUGAUAUUAUCUAUUCAGUUGAUCAUUUUAAAGAUUUUGAAUAUAUUUCCAAUAAUCCUCAUGUUAUGGUUAAUCAAUUUCCAAAUGAAGUUGUACUUACUGUAAAAGAUUUGUUUGCUGAGUCUGCGCAAUGUUUUGCUAUAUAUAAGCAUGAUGUUAUCCCUGAUGAAAUGUUAAAAAACAGAGGUCCAAAGUGGCUGCCAAUGACUUUUAAUUUAUAUUCAGAACUGCCACAGUUUAUCAAAGAAUUUAAACAAAGAGAAACUAGAAACGAAUAUAAUGUUUGGAUUAUCAAACCUUGGAACUUAGCAAGAUCGAUUGGUCACACUGUAACUAAUAACUUAGAUCAGAUAAUUCGAUUAUCAGAAAGUGGUCCAAAGGUGUGUUGUCAUUAUGUUAAAGAUCCUGUACUUUUCUACAGACCAGACUUAGAUUGUUGGGUAAAGUUUGAAUUCAGGUUUCAACUUUAUGUUCGAAGUAUCAAUCCAACUGUUGCUUUUGCUCAUAAAGUUAUGUAUCCACGGUUUGGAAAUAAACCAUUUGAACUAAAUAAUUUCACAGAGUAUGAGCGACAUUGGACAAAUAUGUAUGGUAAAGAAAUGAAAUUACAUGAUGUACACCAUGAAGAUAUGAUUGCUCAGUUUACAAAAAUGUACCCUCAACUUACAUGGAGUGAGAUAGUAAAAGAUAUACAUCGUUGCAUGCGUGAAUUAAUUGAUGGUGCAUCUGCAUUGCCACCUCCUAAAGGUCUUGGUAGAAUGAAACAGUGUCGUGCAUUCUAUGGCAUUGAUGUUAUAUUAACAUGGAAAGAUAAAGAACACACUUCAGUUCAACCUAUAUUAAUGGAAGCAAAUUUUGCUCCAGACAAUUGGCGGGCUUGUCGUGUUGUACCGAAUAUUAUGAAUGAAACUUAUCAAGUGCUGUUUCUGGACGAAAUCCCUGAAGCUAUGGUUUUGAUUUAAAAAUGUAAAAAUCUGAGUUACUUAGGUUACCCUGCAUUAUGAGUUACACUUUUUAUAUUUCAAAACUGCUGUAUUUAAUUUAUUAAUAAAAAAAAACAAAAGGUCAUCCAUA